AUCCGACUAGAAGCUGAGGGUCGCUCUCACCUGGGAGCUUACGGUUUAUGCUUACGCCCCCCAAUACUAUUCCUGUGUCAGUGGAUUAUCGAUCACCCGAGUCUCGUCGAUAAGUCAUAAGAAAGAAGGAUCCGUUGCCCCCCUAUUUCCGAUGUCCACUGGUCUCUGGAUACCUUGCUGUCAGACCUCGAGAAAGACGAGAAUAGGCUUGUUUUAUUCAGGAAGCGGGACAAAGAGGCGAGCGGCCAUAAUACAUCAUGAGUUCUUGGAGUGUUAUCUUCCUGCUGACGGUCCAAAUUCGACGAUUAUCGUGGACGCUCAAAGUAUUUGGGAUGAAAUUCCCAUUCUUUCCAGUCCUUCAUCGCAUCCAGAUCUACUCUUGUCCAAAUAUAACUCUCGUUGCCGCCGCCACCGGUACCGAUCCGCGUGACAAGAAGACUCGACGGGUUUGGAGCAAACUCCCAUGCAAGAUUGAGGAGCACAGCGACCUUGGGCUUUCAGUUCUGAAUUUUCCAGGAUACGGAGAACCAUGGUCAACAUAUAUGCAUGCGGAUACUGCUCAGAGAGGCAUUCAUGCCAUAGGCUUCGCCCACAAAUUGCCAAUCGACAAAUGGUAAUCGUCGUAUUACGUAAUCAACGUCUUGGCAAACUGGGGUCACGGAUAAUUAUAAACCAUG